GCUGGUGGGAUCAAUGGUUCAGAAAACGGUUACGGUGGAAUAUCUUUUUAUGAUCCCGAGUUAGUCAUAUGGUUAGAUGAGAGCCUUGGAAAGCAUACUGGACCUGGGGAGGUUUUUAUUAUUCCUGAUAUUGGUGAUUCUAAAAACCAAACACAGUGUAAGUGUUAUGACCUUGACUCCCUGUGUAUGCCUUUAAACGAAGGGGUCUCCUCAGUUCUAUGCUACUGUAAAAAUGGAAACACCGUGGACGUGAACGUUCCUUGUACAAAAGAGAUUCCAACAUUCUUUCUGGUCCUGCUGGUAAUUGGUUGCAUUGUUCUCGCUGCUGUUUCAGGGUUACUUUGUAUGUGCUUAUACACUCAGUAUCAAAGAAGACGACUGGUCCGGAAUAAAUUGCGAGGCCCUGACGGUCAACUAAGCAUGCUAAGAAGUUCUAACGGUAUUAUGAUGACAGAAUACAACCCUAAUUAUGAAUUUGGAGGUGGCAGUUGCUCUUUGAUGGAUUUAAUGGAAGUAGAGCGGGAUAAAAUUAGACUUGUCAAAGCUCUGGGUCAGGGGGCCUUUGGUGAAGUUUAUCAAGGAUACUUUAAAAAAUCGUCAACAGACUCUAGUGAGGUUGCUGUUGCUGUCAAAACACUUCCAGAGCUAUCAACCAAUCAAGCUGAAAUGGAUUUUCUGAUGGAGGCACUAAUAAUGAGCAAGUUCAAUCACUCAAACAUAGUUCAAUUUAUUGGAGUUUGCUUUGAUACUCAUCCCAGGUUUAUAAUCCUGGAGUUGUUGGAUGGAGGAGAUUUGAAAUCCUUUUUACGGGAGUCUAGACCUAAACAUGAUCGACCGAGCUCACUUACUAUGAGAGAUCUUUUAAAUGCUGCUAUAGACGUAUCGAAGGGCUGCAGCUACUUAGAAGAAAAUCAUUUUAUACACAGAGAUAUAGCAGCUAGGAACUGCUUACUUACUUCAAAAGGUCCUGGAAGGGUUGUUAAAAUAGCUGAUUUCGGAAUGGCUCGAGAUAUAUACAGAGCAGAUUAUUAUAGGAAAGGAGGAAAGGCUAUGCUUCCUGUAAAGUGGAUGCCCCCUGAAGCCUUUCUUGAUGGAAUCUUUACAUCCAAGACUGAUAUUUGGUCAUUUGGUAUCCUGUUGUGGGAGGUCAUGUCAUUGGGGUAUAUGCCAUACCCUGGCAGGGGGAACCAGGAGGUCAUGCAAUUAGUCACCAACGGAGGUCGGUUGGAGCCUCCAAACUAUUGUCCUGGUCCUCUUUACGGCCUCAUGUGCCAGUGUUGGCAUCCCAUACCUGAAGAAAGACCGACCUUUAAAACCAUAAUGGAACGAUUAGGCUACUGUGUUCAGGACCCAGAGGUAGUAAUGGCCCCUCUUCCUGUGUUUCAUAGACCACUUGAUAGUAUUGCAUCCUCCAGACGAGACAUAAACGAAGGAAACUCUUCUGGCAACUCAGGAUCUGGUGGGAGUGUGAAUAUUGGACCAACCGCCAGACAAAGUCAGCCAGCAGCAGACUAUCUAGUUCCCAACAGCUCUUCAAAAAAUAACAAGGGAUCAGUGGAAUCUGGAAACUUCAGCAUGAAAGAGACCUCCUUUACAAUACCUUCUGCAUCAAGGGGUCGUGGAAAUUAUAGUAGCAUUCAAACAGAUACACAUCAUCAAUCACCAGCACACCUUGUACAUACUUCUCCUCGUCCUUCCAGAUGGCCCUCCCACGGCUCCGAUCUAUCUGACCUAGUGAGUGAAUCUAAAUCUACAGAACCACUACUACCAUCCCCGGCUAGUCCUUCCCUUGACUUAGAAGGCAUUCCUCCCCCACCUCGUCCAUAUCCAGGACCACCACCUCCAAUUCCCCCUCCUCCUCACCCUUACAAAGACCAUGCUCUACCGUUAAAUCCUUCGCAGUUACGAAUGGUUCCUUCUAGUUAUGCCAAUAUUGGAGUUACUGAACGUGGAGCAUCUUUGUGUGAGAAUAUUCAUUCUGGAAAGAAAUUGUUCCCAACCGGAGAAAUCUCUGUUUAACCUGUAAUUCUUUAACGCAGAUAGAAGUAAUCCUAUAAAAAGCAUGAUGCUUGACAAAUUAUGCCAAAUGCCAAAAUUUAUUACAUUUGAAUGAAUGGCGUAUUUUUAUAUGAAUUCAGGA